AUGGACGGUUCUCACAACGAGCCUGAAGCGAAAGUCAAGCACGACCAAGGCAGAGAGAGCGCCCCGCCGGAACACGUCAAUGAGCCCCCGGUCUUUCCAGCGCUGCAGGACCAUGAUCAGCAGCUGCUGUGUACUAACCCUAGGGAAAAGCUACCAGAGCUGCAACAGCCCCCGAACGAGGCAGACGCAUUGGCCGCUGAACAAUUCCAAUCGCUGGUCGAGAAGUUCAAGCGACUGAGUCAAGACGACCCACAAUUCGCACACCAGGCUGCCCAGAUUUUGAGGUUUUACCGGCGGUCGUAUGAAUCCUACGUCGCAAGAAAUAUUGAUAGCCAAGUUGUUGGAAAUGUGAAUGGGGAGCUCCACACGCCAAAUCUUCAAUUGUGCCAACAACGUGAAUACCACAAAAGUCGAUCUGCUAAGCAGGAAGAAGAAGUGGUCAAUUUUGGACGGCCCUUUGAAAAUUUCGGCACGGGUAUUGGUAGGCUCCUAAGAGACUCAGAGGGCUCCAUCUUAGAACCGUUGCACGAGGCAGCUAACAAAGAAAGUGAUGAAGCUCUUUAA